AGAUAGCACAGCGGGACAAUAAAGAGAAAACGCAGUCACAUCAAUAUUGAUUACUAUUUUCCACCAACAGUCUAAACCAGUGUAGGGUACCGCAUUCAGUUGUCUUGUUGUCUUUAGAUACGCCCAAGACUGAGACGUGACUGGGAGGACGUUUAAAGCAAAAAACGUGGGUAACAUGAGUUUCGUGAAGGUCUGUCUGUUGGCUGUGGUAAUUCAAGCCCUCGUUGGAGCCAGUACCGCUUACCUUCAGCCACUUACUCAGCAAGGCAACUGCAACCACUACUACAAUCCAACCCUGAAAGUCAACCAGCAGAUCACCCCAGUGGAAUCCCCUGUUUGCAAAGGUUUUAAUACAGCUCUUAGCGACUUAUUCGGCUUGGGAUCUGGCACCUCUGCUAACGCCGCAGCAGCUCUCACUGCCGUUGACGGAAUAAAAGGGCUUACAAAAGUGGCUACUGCAGCAGCUAAGUCGUUCGGCGUUUUUGGCGCUGCCUUUGGCUUUGUUGCCUCGCUUACAGCACCAUCCCCUGACGACAUUUUAAAAAAGGUAAAUGACGCCUUUGAAAAGAUAACGGCAGAAAUGAACCAUCGCUUUGAACAAAUCAAAGAGUACGUCGACCAGCAAGUGAUCAGUUCAGAUGUUGAAGACCUCAACAGGGAUUACCGAGCGCUCGCCACACAAUGGAAAAACUGUCUGACCGACCGACGUUUACUGCAAUGUCAGAGGCAAGUACUUCGAAGAAUGGAAGCUGAAGGGACGGAGAAAUUCAUGAUAAAAGAAUUCAAGUCCAAAAGUGAAGUAUCGUACCCGUACGACACAAAGAAGCUUGAAGCGUCCUUGAUUGUCUUCCGAGAUUUCGCCAGCACCCAUUUGUAUGCUCUUAGAACGGCAGCGGACUGCCUGAAUGUAGAUGACCCCUCAGCAUCGGCCGAAGAAAUGGCGGAGAGAAAACAAGACUUGAGAGAUACUUUGGAAGACAUUAAGGAAUACGGCAAGAUGUACAAUGAAUAUGCGGGAUGGGCAUGUGAUAACAAAACCAGAGGAAAUAUCACCAGGAAAGCAUAAAAAGUUUUAACGGAAUAGCGAAGGUAGAAACCUACACAGGAGUUUGGUAUAAGUGUUUAUUUGGAGGAGUUUGCAAGAGGAUAUGGUUAAAUCUCACGAUCCAACCCAAGUGCACCACCAUGUCAGUUGAUGGCCAGCAUUCCUGCAAGGUCUCCAGGGAAACGAGCCAUACUUACCAUGAAGGAACACGCAAGUUUAUGGAGAAUUAUCGACAACAGCUCGAGAAUUCAGUCAACACAGCCGCUAGACAGAUGUGCGAGUCUUCCUUUGACAACUUCAUGGCAGAUUUGAAGACGUACUGGAAAACGGAGUUGAAGAACACCGCUGGCCUUUGGAAACAAGCGUCUGAGGUGGCAGCCGUUGAGCUAACAAGUAUUGCCGAAGGUGCCGGACAAAAAGAUUUGUCCGGGAAUGAUGAGUCCGGAGACGAACCGGAAUACUAGUUGCUUGAAAGAACCUCUUCGUAAAGGGGUACACUUCUGUAAAGGCACGCAUUCGCAUUGCCAAAUCAAUAAAUAAUAUUCAAGCGGU